CGCUGGCUCAGGUUACACUAAGGCGCACUGCCCUGCAUUGCCCUGCACUGUACAACGCUGCACGGCACUGCACGGCACUGCACUGCACUGCCGGAAGACCUGCGCUGCGGCACACACACAGCCGGCCGGCCGGCCUCUCUCUCUCUCGCUCGCUCACAAGCUUCAGAGUGGAAGUGAGAUGACAACCGCUCCAUCUCUAGGCGACGUCAGGAGCAUCUCUGACCCAUAGGAAGCCCCAACAUGGAUUUCUUUGCAAGUUUCCUAUAGUUGCUCACCUCAGGUCUCAAUUAGAACAUUGAUUUGAGGCAGCAGGUUGGCAAGCCAGCAAGAUAUUCUCAACUGGUUCCUGUUGAGUUGAUUGCUUCUCAAGUGGACAAAAGAAAUUGGAAGUGGAAAAUGGAAAUGGAGCAGAAGUGGACAGACGCUGGGAAAACGAAUGAAAAGCUCGAGAAGAACCCUUCCCAAAAGCUCAAGUGGGACAAGUGGAGAGCUUUUUCUUCCGUAAGCGUUUGCAUGGCAGUAUCUCUGCUAUGUGUUGGAAUAUGCAUUGGCUUUUGUGUGCGGACCACGGCGUUGCAGUCCAGGAUAGUAAGUCUUGAGCAGCAGCACCUCUCCGCCUGGAUGGAGCAGGUGGAGCCCCUUAUUUUGGACAGACUGGACCAAAUCCUGGACAAGAAACUUGCAGCGCGAUUACCAAAGACGCGAGAAGUGAGGGAAGCUCCUUACAGCUGCUUGUGUCCUCCAGGACCUCCAGGUCCUCCUGGACGGGCAGGCUUUCCGGGAGCCCCAGGAGAACCAGGUCUGUCAAUCAUUGGACCAAGGGGACCACCUGGUCAGCCUGGAACAAGAGGAUUUCCAGGCUUUCCAGGUCCCAUUGGGCUGGAUGGCAAGCAUGGACAGAAUGGCCCCAAGGGUGACGUGGGUCAGCGUGGACCAAAAGGACUCCCUGGAGAACCAGGACCUAAAGGAGAGAAAGGUGUCUGCGGCGACUACGCACAUCGGAGCCUCUUUGUGCAGGAUCUUCCCUUGAAAACCUUGGCCGCCUUGCGCUCCAGUCAACCGCUGAUGUUGAAGAUGUUGCCUAUCACCGUGCGCAACAUGCCCUCAAUAAGCCCUCUAAUCCUAAAACGCCUCAAGCAGGGUGAGCCGGGAGCGCAGGGGCCUCCGGGACCCCCAGGGAACCCAGGUCUGAACGGAGCAAGCGGCUCGCCCGGUAAGCCCGGUGAACCGGGAAAACCUGGAAAAGACCCAAGGCUAUUGCCAGGACUGAAGGGUGAGCCAGGUUUACCAGGACAGAAGGGCGAUCGAGGGGGUGUUGGGCCGCCGGGUCCUGAAGGCCCAAAGGGUGACCAGGGAGCCAAGGGAGAUGAAGGGAAGAGGGGCUUUGCGCCAGAGAAAGGGGAGAAGGGAGAGGCUACCAUUUCCUCGCUUGGAAUGAAAGGAGAACCCGGCUCACCAGGAGUGCCAGGCCUCAUGGGACCUAAGGGAGAGGCAGGCCCCGAAGGCCCAGCUGGACCAAGAGGGCCCCCAGGUGCAACCGGCGAACCGGGAAAGGCUGAAAUCCACAAUAAUGAAAAUGAUAUUCGCAAUAUACAUCUGAUGGGCCCACCUGGAUUACCUGGACCUCCAGGCCCUCCCGGGUUUUCAGGGACAAAAGGAGAAGUUGGCCUCCCAGGUCCCCCAGGCCUUGAUGGAGAGAAGGGCACAAAAGGGGAUCAUGGGGAAGGAGGAAGAUCAGAGAUGCUCUAUGGUCCUCCAGGUCCCCCAGGUCCCUCCGGACCAGUUGGCCCAGCAGGAUCUCAAGGACCUUCAGGGCCAAAGGGAGAGGCAGGCGUCGGCCUCCGUGGAGAAAAGGGAGCAGCAGGUCAGAAAGGUGACAAGGGGGACAGAGGCCAUCUUGGACUGCCUGGGGCUCAUGGGUUAGACGGCAGACCCGGUCCAGUGGGUCUGCUGGGGCCAGCAGGAGUAGCAGGGCCAGCAGGACCAAAAGGAGAGAGAGGUGAGAAUGGAGAUGUUGGACUACCAGGACCAAUUGGCCCGCAGGGCAUUCCUGGCUUUGUAGGACCACAAGGACUCAAAGGGAAUCGGGGAGAGAGGGGCAAGAAAGGCAACAGGGGGGCCAAAGGGGAUAAGGGAGACCAAGGAGCACCUGGAUUAGAUGCGCCGUGUCCGUUGGGUUUCCGAGGCUUUAAAGGAGAGAAGGGUGAACCGGGCUUGCCAGGCCUGGACGGGCUGGAUGCCCCUUGUCCUGUGGGAGAUGACGGCCUACCCGUACCAGGCUGUUGGAACAAAUGAUAACUUUGGAAUGGCUUUUGUAAUUGUACAUAGAAUAUUUAUUUUUUUUACUUUUUCCUGAUUGUAUUCUACCCUAUUAUAUUAAAAAGAAAAUCUUGAAAACAAAGACCAAAUGUUUUGUACAGUUUUGCUUUUUGUUUUAACACCAGUGACAUUGUAUUUGAGUUUAUAGCCAUGCAUUUAGGAUGUAUGAAUUUGGAAAAAUGAAGACUGACUUGCAGUUACAGAUGCAUGAUAUUUGUGCAUACUGUGCUGUGGAUGCUUUUUAACUUAUUGUAGCUUGUUUUAUUCUGUUGGACAAGAGCACGCUACACUAGGUUGUGCAGCUGGAAAGAUUGUGGGCAGUCCCAGAUCAAUGAAAUCUCUUUUUUGUUGUUGUUGUUGUUGUUGUUCACACCGUGUCCAAAAGUCUGCACUCUUAUUUCGAGUUGACAUUGGGGUUUUUUCUUUUUAUAAUUGGAUUCCCAAACGUACCUUAGACAAGGUGAAGAGUGAGUUUGGGUUGGAUCGUGUUGAACUCAAAACACACGCGUCAAAUGUAAGCGUUACUAGAUGAGCUUUAUACUCGAGAAUGAUGCAAAAUGUAAAACUAAGUUCCUGAAAUAUUUGUCAUAAUUACAUCCAUGUCCAUUAUCCCACAUUUUGCUUCAAUUCGCUUCGAAUUGUAUGACUGACUCACCAAGUCAUGAACAAGUCAUGUUUUGUCUGUAACAAAUCCAAUGCACCUUUGUCUCAACUUGGAUCUCCUAACAAGUUUCAAAUGCAUGGAAUGUCCUGAAAGUGUCCUUUUGCAUAUCAGUCAUGUUUGCAUUAUAGCAAAAAGUUUCAGUUCAUUGUAUUUUCUUCCUACCAGUACUUUCUUCUUCUAAAAAUGGUGCGGCUCAAUAAUGACCGUAACCAAAAUGUUAAUUCCGGCCUCCCCUUGAAGGAAGCAGUGCUGCAAGCACCACAUUGCUUGAAUGGCAUGAAAGGCGCCAGUGGCGAGGGCUUCUUUCAUGUUUCAAAUGUAUUGCCUUGUGGAGUUCUGCCAAUUCACUUCACAAGUGACCUAAUGUUGGGGGGAAAUGUUGCACUGAUUACUUUGUACCUUGAUCUAUUCGAUUCUAGUAUACGUACGUACGCAGGUGCUCCUUCUCUCUGAUGAGAUUUUGCGCUGCCUGGAUUUCAUGAUAUAUACGUACAUAAUAUUGAUGAUCAUCCAGUACCUUCGAUUUUUUGAAUGUGUUGUUUAUGUUCUGAAAUGCCAAUCACGCUUCCAUAAAUAAAAGCAAACUUGUUUAAA